ACUUACAGUGGUGUCGACGCGAUGACAUAAGGCGUGUCGAGGCCUUCACGAAAACUAACAACAGAGUGAAGAGAAACCAUAACCACGAUCUCAACAGGACGCCCGUCGACGCGGCAGGUAUAUGCACUCGUUGAAAUCCAAUAAGCCCGACUGGCACAACAAAUAGAAUGCGGACUCGUGCCAGUCCAACAUACAAGAUUGGCACAGCACUGUCAGUAACAUAAAGCAAUAUUGCCUCCGGUCGCACUCAUGGCGAUCCUUUGGGAAAUUAUGCGCAGGCUGUACCCACGCCGGGGAACCCCUGUCGGUCUCUAUCGGCUUGGCCUACGAUACAUAAAAGCCAAAGGACUUGCCAAAGCACGUUCACACUGUUUUAUUCGGUUAUUUAAGUCGGGGAAUGAUGUCACAGUCGGAAGUAUAUAAUGGUGCUAAUUGGGGGCCCGGUUUUGCUGGAUUUGCAGUUGGGCUAGCUUUGUAUGGUGUAUCAGCAUCCCAAUGCCUAUUCUACAUCGUGGCGUUCCCGAAGGACAAGCGUAUUAUCAAAAGUGCACUCUCGACCCACAGUUUUCUGGACAGCGUCAAUACCCUCUCAUUUUUAUGCUUCUACUUUCGAUUGUUGAUAAUUUAUCGAUGGAACACGGCAUAUCCUCCCACGAGCGAGAUGACCUGGUACAUUGCCUUUGCUACAAAUUCCUGUAUCGCGUUCUUUGUCCAAUGCUUCUAUGCCCACAGGGUUUGGAUAAUUGGAGAUCGGAAUAAGCUGUUGACGUGUGUAGUGGUAGUAUCAGUAUUUGGUAGCCGUAUUUAUGAAAGUGACAACGUCGCUACCUUCUUUAGCAAUCCGGCGGACUCGGCAGUCAAUGCCCUGGCAAGUGCAGUAUGCGAUGCCAUCAUCACAGCAAGCGUAUAUUUCUGUCUCCGUCGGCCGGGAGCUGGUCUUGGUCCGAUGAGGGAAAACCCUAUUCAAAAAUUUAAUUUGGUCUUCGUUCAGAUGGGUUUGAUCACAUUCACGAGUGCCCUUACAACGUCUGUACUUUAUUAUGAGAGUGAUCUGAUUGGACAAUACUUCACUGCCGCGCCAGUUUCAAUGCUGGGUAAAACGUAUUCGAACUCCAUGUUAGCUGUGCUGAAUGCAAGGAAGCCUAUCCGUGAUCGGCAACAAUUUGUUCCGGCGUCUCCAUCGCAGCUUCCUACCCUACAAACUAAUCAUUGACCCCCCCAACCUUGUACUGCACAUACCUCCGAUCUGUUUCCCCAGCCAAUGGUCAUUCUUCCUGAGUUCAAAGUGACGUGGGACUUCCUGGACCUGUUUCGGACUCGUACAUUUAGUAAAACGAAC